AUGUGGCACCAUAGUAUGGCCCUAAUAUGGGCCAUCCUAUUCCAGCUACUGGCUGCUCAAAAGCAACAUAAUAUAACACAAGUGCCCUACAUCUUAACUGGUGUUUCCAUGAAUUGUCCUGCUGGCUGGGACCUCGUCGGCGACAAAUGUUUUCGCGUUUUCAAUUCGGAAAAGUCGUGGCCACAGGCUUUACUCUUCUGCGAACGGUAAGUGCGCAAGGUUUUUGUAAAUUGUUUUGGCGGGGAAAUUUGAAAAAACAUAUUUAAAUUUUGAAAUUUAAGCUAGAAAAUUUGCAAAAUUAUUUAAAAUUCCCUGACAAACAACAAAUGGUAAGAAUUUUCUUUACAAGACAUAAAAUGGCAAGAACUUUUAUUACAAAACAAGAAAUGGCAAGAACUUUCUUUACAAAACAUAAAAUAGCAAGAACCUUGUUUACAAAUCAAAAAAUGGUGUUUUUCGUAUAACUUGUUUCCCGCAGGCUGCAAAAUACAAAAUGUGUCUUUUUUAGUUUUAAAUGGCAAGAACUUUCUUUACAAAGCAUAAAAUGGCAAGAACUUUCUUUACAAGACACAAAAUGGAAGUUUUUUAAUUUUACCAACCUUUAAAUCUACUAUAAUAUAAAAACUAUAAAAUUUUUAAUUUCCGGAUGUAAGACGUCAUAAUUUCUUAAAUUCCUGAAAUUUUAUCAAUUUGACACCAAUUUCGAGGCAUUUUCGAAGUGUUAACCCGUACUGACCUUACAAAAUCCGUUUUGAGAUUUUGAGGUUGCGAUAAGCGUUGUAAGCGUAUUUUUUGAGGAAGAUUAGCGAAGGUAGAUGGUUAUCGGACUUUACCGAGUUGUUUUUCGAGACUCGAGGCUUCCACGUAUACCUAAUUAACAAAGAAUGACAAGAACUUUCUUUACAGAACAAAAAAGAGCAAGAGCUUUCUUUACAGAAUGAAAAAUGUCAAGAACUUUCUUUACAAGAAUUAAAAUGGCAAGAAAUUUCUUUACAAAACAAAAAAUUGCAAGAACUUUCUUUACAACUCUUAAAAAUUUUCAGCUAUGGCGCCCUGCUAGCCAAAAUCGAAUCAGCGGCCGAAAACGACUUCCUCAGCCGAAUCAUCGCUCGUCCAACCAAGAGCUUGGCCCAGUCCAGUGCCAAGCAUUGGAUUGGUUUAAUCACGGAACGUUCCUCGAACGAUGACGGCUCGUUCGUUUGGUCGGACGGUGUGGUUGUCAGUCGAUUCGCCGGUUUUUGGUCGAAAAAACAGCCCGAUUUCGGGCGUGGUAACUGUGUUCAGGCCGGUGUUAACGCCGAGAAGUCGGUCGAAUGGCAAAUGGAGAUGUGUAACUUGAUGUCACCCUUCGUAUGUCAACUCAACGCUUGUGUAUCAGGCUCAUUUCAUUGUAAUAAUGGCAAAUGUGUGGCUGGCAAGGCCAAAUGUAACGGUCGAAAUGAAUGUGGAGACUAUUCGGACGAGCUGAAUUGUCCUCCCCCUCAUGGACAAGCGGCUUGCCUAAAAUACGAAAAAAGCGAAAAUGGCAAGAUUGAAUCGCCUAAUUUCCCGUCCAGCUACGGUCCGAACGCGGACUGUCGAUGGGUUAUUGAAGGGCCGGUCAAUAGCAGAAUCAUGGUGAGUUCCUCUUCUUCCUCUCCUCUUUCGUCCUUAUCAUCAUCCAUACCCUAGACAUUUCUCUGCCCUACCCACCUUACCAAACCUCGCCUUUCCAGAUCACAUUCGACCAGUUCGAAACCGAAAAGAACCAAGACUUGGUAACAGUCCUCGAUGGUGGACCAGCCGAGAACUCGACCAUCGUUCUCAGUCAUCUCAGUGGAACGCCAGAACAAUCUCAACUAUCUCUAAUGUCAUCUACCAACAUGAUCACAGUACAAUUCCGUUCGGAUGCGUUAGUUCAAGCUCGAGGCUUUAAAGCCAAUUGGAGAGCCGUGCCAUUCUCAUGCGGUGGAACGUUGAAGGCACAUCUGUUUUCACAGUCUUUCAAUAGCCCCAAGCCUUAUCCGGCUGGUGGAGAAUGUGUGUGGAAGAUCGAAGCACCUGAGGGGCAGUUGAUCAGUCUGAAUGUAGGUUUUGGUAUAUCUAUAGCUAUAUAAAGGUAUAUCAUAUCUACAGCUAUAUUAAGCUAAAGCAUAACUAUACCGCUAUAAAGGAAUAGACUACCUAUACCUAUAUGAAACUACAGCAUAUCUAUACCUAUAUAAAGGUAUAGCAAAUCUAUGCUUAUAUAAACCUAUAUUAACCAUCUAAAACCUCCUUUCAGAUCGAAGACCUAGACGUAAAAGCCGGCAAAGACCAGUUCAUCAUCUACGACGGUCCCCACCCAUCAGCACCAAUCAUCUCUCGUCUUUCUGGUCGACUAUCCAACCAACUGGUCAUCUCCACCCAAAACCACCUCUACAUCUACUUCUACAGCAGUCAAGCCGACCCAACCACUGGCUUCACCGUGAACUACAAGAAGGGCUGCACCAACACCAUCAAGUACACCUAUGGCAACGUUCUCUCUCCAGGAAACGGACUAGUACCAUAUGCACCAUCCCAAACCUGUCGCUAUGUGAUCGAUCUGGAAGGAGGCGCUGAAGCAAGCCCAAUUUCAAUCGAUUUCAACAGCUUUGAUAUCCAAAAUGACGAUGUUUUGAGGAUCUUUGAUGGCGAAGAGAACAGCACGGCCUUGCACGAUGGUAAAGGAUUCACUGAAGGCCGGAAUCCAUUUAGAAAGCUGCAUUCAACUAAAGGAAAAGUUACCGUGGUGUUUGAUACCAAUGCUAUGAAGCAAGCUGGUGGAUGGAAUUUCACUUUUUCAGCCAGUAAGUGGGGGAAAAAGGUUGAAAGCAAGUGUAAUAUAGACCUAAAAGCCAAGUACAAUAUAAAAAUAGAACUUACUGAUCUAGACAUGGCUUUUAUCGGCCGAUAGCUAAAAGAAAUACCUAAAAUCAAGUAGAAUAUAAAGCUAAAAGUCAAGUAAAACAUAAAAUAUAGAACUUACUGGUGUGAGAAUCACUUUUUUCGGUCAAUAACUGUUUAGAAACGCUGAAAAUCACGUGUAAUAUAAAUCUAAAAGUCAAGUAAAACAUAAAAAAUAGAACUUACUGAUGAGAAUCACUUUUUUUCGGUCAAUAACUGCUUAGAAACACAGAAAAUCAAGUGUGAUAUAAGCCUAAAAGUCAAGUAUAAUAUAAAAAGAACUUACGGACCUAAAGCAGAUGAAAAUAGAAGUAUAGCUAAUGAAAAACGAGGUAAAACAACAAAAAGUAAUGGAAAAAGUCAAGAUUUGACAUUAUUUUAGAUUUUUUAAUGUUUAUCAAAGGUUUAUUCACGACACGAAAAUAGAAUUUUAAUUUUUUUAGCAAGAAAAACCUGAAUUUUAUAUUGUUUUAGGCUUUGAGUCCUUAAAAUUAUAAUGUUUUAGGCUUUGAAGCCUUAAAAUUAUAUUGUUUUAGGCUUUGAGUCCGUAAAUUAAUAUUGUUUUAGACUUCGAAACCUCAAAAUUAUAUUGUUAUAGACCAUAACACCUUAAUAUUUUAUUAUUCUAGCCUUUCAAACCCCUUAAAUUAAUAUUUUUUUCAGACUGCCCAACCCUAAAAGCCCCUCGAAACGUAUUCUUGACGACCCAAGCCACCUCGUUUGGAACUAAAGUGACUGUGAGUUGUCAAACUGGCUACGAGUUCACCAACGGAAUUGGUCAUCGAUUCGAUGUUUCGUGUGACAUUGGCGGAAAAUGGUCCAACGAAUACAUCCCUAACUGUCAACGUAGGUUUUAGAUAUUUUUGUUUGAUUUUAGGUAAAAAAUUUCAAUUUUUUGGUAUUUUAGGUAAUAAACGGCAGUUUUUGGGCAAAACCAUGUUGUUUUAGGUAACAAAUCUUGAUUUUUUAGUAGUUUAGGCAGUAACGUUUGUUUUUUGAAUGAAAAUUUGUUGUUUUAGGUAGUAAAAGUUGUUUUUUUUGCUAAUAAAUUUGACUUUAGAUAACAAAUUUCGAUUUUUUGGUAUUUUAGGUAACAAAAACUAGUUUUUGAGCUAAAACUUCAAUUUUUCAGCCGUCUACUGUUCCGCCGUGCCUCAAAUAGCCAAUGGCUACGCCCUUACAGCCACCAACGUAUCCUACGGUGGUGUAGCCCAAUUCAAGUGCUACGACGGUUUCCAUUUCGCCUCAGGCAAAGAAACUGAAGAAAUUUACUGUAAAACCGAAGGUUGGACUGAAACCCUCAAAUGUUUGGCCGAAACCUGCCCCGCCCUCCAGACCUUUUUGAAUGGAGAACGGACCUUGAAGUACGGUGAUGCUACUGGCUUCGGCACGGUGUACCAAUUCGAAUGUGCUCCAGGCUAUAAACAUAGUGGACCGAGUACGAUAUUGUGCAAAAGCGAUGGGAAGUGGUCUGCUCAGCAGCCAAUUUGCAAAAGUGAGUUGAUUUUUUAUUGUUAGUUGAGUUUUUAAAAAAUUUGUAAUUGCAUUGCACUGUGCAGUCAUUAAUUUGUUGCACUGUGCAAUAAUUUUUAUUUUUUCAUAGUGCAAUUUUCGAUUUGUUUUAGGUGACAAGUACUAUUUUAAUUCUUAGUACGGGUCCUUACAAAGCAUUAAAAUUACUUUUUCAUUGCUAGCUUUAUAAAUAAUGGCAAAGCAAUUUUUUAAAAAUGAUUGGACUGUGCAACAAAUUUCUUUUUUUUUCACCGUGCGAUUUUUAGCUUAUUUUAGGUAACAAAUAUUAUUAUAAAGUUGUGUAUGAAGACAUAAAAAGCUAUUAAAACUAAUUUUACUCUGAUUGUUUCAUAAAGAAUGGCACAAUGAACUUUUGAAAAAUGACUGCACGGUGCAAUCACAAAAUUUCAUUGCACCGUGCAAUAAAACAACCUUUUUUGGAUCUGUAAACAAAGUUUUUGUAUUUUCCGAAUUUUCGAGCUAGUCCAACUACAAAUUCCAAUUUUUCAGAACUAAUCUGCCCAAACAUUCCUCAAAUCGAAAACGGUCGUAUCGUACUACCGCCUUCUGGAGCUCUCGAAUUCGGUGAUUCAGCUCGAGUCGAAUGUAGUCCAGGCUUCAGAAGCACUGGAGCAGACUCAGUGAAAUGUUUGGCCAAUCAAACCUUAAGCCAGGUCCCAGAAUGCAGAGAUGUGGACGAAUGUGCUGAAGGAAUAGCAUCGUGCUUCGUCAAGAGUACCAAGUGUAUCAACUUGAAGGGAGGGUACACCUGCCAGUGUUUGGAUGGUUUUAGGCCUCAAUUGAGUAAGGAUAUUAAUUUUUAUGGAACUAGGAGGUGUGGUUGGGUAGGGGGUAUGUUAGGGUUGGGUGAGGUAGGAUAGUGUAGAAUAGGGUAGGGUACUUUCUUUCCGGGUAACGAAAUGUGGCAUGAAAACAUUAUUUUAAAAUAUAUAUAAAAUGUGUCAUCAUGACGUGUUUUUUGACUUUUUAAAAAUUGUGUCAUCAUAACGUGUUUUUUUUUGACUUUAGCAAAAUGGGUAAUUGCGACAUGUUUUUCAGACUUUUAAAGAUUUUUUUUGUCAUUAUGACAUAUUUUAUAGACUUCCAAAAUAUAUGCGUCAUCGUGACAUUUUUUUAGACGUUUUUUGAUAUUUGUCAUGAUGACAUAUUUUUUAGACUUAAAAAAUGUGUCAUCAUGACAUGGUUUUUAAACUUCUUAUAAAAUGUGUCAUCACGACAAAUUUUUAUUUUUUUUUAAUUUAAAAAAUUUCAAUUUUCAGCCUGUCCCUCCUUCCACAUUCUCUCCCCCAGCUCGGUCAAAACCAGCAGUUCGGCCGUCUUCAACAUGUCAUCAGUGACGUUCUGUGCCGAAAAGCGUGACGAUCAACGUUAUGUUGAGUUCGAAUACGCUGCACCAAAGGUACUAGAAAGGAUUCGAUUCGAAAAGACUGAGGAAGGAGUACCACUAUCCAUAUCAUUGUACUACUCACCUGACUUGAUGUCCAAACUACGACAAGUCGAAGAGUUAUCAGAAGUUGCACUGAAGAACGUGGACAUGGCUGGUAGUCAAGUACUCGUACUCAAGAGUACCAUCGAAGCCCAGAGGAUCCGCAUCAAGAUCGACAAGUUCAAGGACAAUGCCUGUGCCAAAGUGGAGCUAAUGGGAUGUCAAAAGACGAAUUGUGUCGAUAUUGACGAGUGUGAGGAAGCCAAUGGCUACUGCGACCACCAAUGUCACAAUACUGUAGGUGGAUUCAAGUGCACGUGCAGAGAAGGCUACGACCUGUUCAAUGAGAAUGGCCAAGGAGGAGUGGUGCUGCAGGAAGGAGAGACCGGCUAUGAUAAUCUGGACAUGGUAAAUUAAACGGUUUUAUUUGGGCGGGGUGAAAUAUUAGGAUUUUUUUGGGCGGGGUAAAACUUUGGGAUUUUUUUUGGGCGGGGUAAAACUUUACGAUUUUUUGGGUGGGGUAAAAGAGAAAAAAAUUGUUGGGUAGGGUAAAAAUGAACAAUUUUUUUUGGGCGGGUGAAAUUUUAAAUUUUUUUUGGUGGUAGGGGGAGGGAGAAUUUUUUUUGGACGUGUAAAAUUAAAAAAAAAUUUGUUUUGGGCAGGGAUAUUAAAAUUUUUUUUGGUGGGGUAAAAUAAUAAAAACUGGUUUGGGUGGGGUAAAAAUGUUUUUUCAGGGGGGUGGAUUUUUUUAUAAAAAUUUUAUUUUUGGGCGUGGUAACUUGAAAAAGAUUAUUUUUAGGCAGGGUGGCUUAAGUAAAAGAUUUUAUUUUUGGGCGAGGUAAAAUUUAAAAAGAUUUUUUUUGGGUGGGGUAGCUUUUGAAAAAGUUUUUUUUGAGUGGGGAUGACGGCUUAAAGGAUUUCAUUUUUGGGCAGAGUACAGUGUUAAAGCUGGGGAAAGAAAAUAUGACAUUUCCUCUUUCAGAUUCGCUACAACAAGACCUGUGUAGCUAGAAAAUGCCCAGGAGUUGAAGCACCGGCGAACGGAAAGUUGAUCAACUUGAAUAAGGAGUUCGCUCAUCCUAAUGUCAUGGAGUUCAGAUGUAACCAUGGGUAUCAGAUCAUCGGAAGCGCCUUCUUACAGUGCACAUUUGAUGGUACUUGGAAUGGCACUGUGCCUACUUGUUCACGUGGGUUUAAGGGCUUAAAAUAUUAAUCCUAAGCACUCACUUAAAGCCUAAAAUAUGAGCAUUAUGUGCUCACUUUUAAGCCUAAAAUAUGAGUAUUAAGUGCUCGUUUUUAAGCCUAAAGCCUCUUCAAUAACCCUAAAACAAUUUUAGCCGCCGUAUGUGAAGGAGUACAGAACAACACCUCAAUUGGUAUGUUCGUCACCGAAGAGAAGCCCUACGUGCCCUACGGCGACAAUGUUACAGUAGUCUGUACCCAACAAAACCGCCCCAUCAAACAAUCCCCCCUAGGCGGACUACGUCAAUGCAUCUACGACCCACGCCCAGACGGAAUGGACUACUGGCUAAGCGGCCCCGAAGCCACCUGCCCACUGGUCGAGUGUGGUCCACCCCCAGCGUUGGCUGGUGCUUUCUACGAGGGCGAGGACGCGAACUUCAAGGUCGGCUCGUCGCUAGCCUUCAACUGCCGCCCACCUUACUCGCUACUCGGUAAAAGCUCGUACGAUGACCGGAUAGCACGCUGUAACGUGGACGGUAGCUGGGAUCUGGGCGAUAUGCGAUGUGAAGGUCCAGUCUGUGUGGAUCCAGGCCAUCCCGAAGCCGGCCAAACCCACCUGAACUCGGUGGAAGAGGGAGCGGUGGCUAAGUUCACUUGUGACCGGGCAGGCUACAAACCGUACCCAUAUGAUGCUAUCAACUGUACCUUGGGCACGUCGUGCUUGUUAAGUGAAGAUGUUGGUAUAUCAAACGGCUACAUCCCCGACGGCGCCUUCUCGGAUUCAGACACCAAAACCAUGUGGGGCUACGAGCCACACAAGGCCAGGAUGUCGUCUACAGGCUGGUGUGGCAGUAAAGACGCCUUCAUCUUCUUAUCAGUUGAUCUACAAAGGAUUUAUACACUAAAUACCUUGAGGAUAGCUGGAGUAGCUGGUAGUGGAUACCUGAGAGGUCAUGUCACGAAGCUGCAGUUGUUCUACAAGGUUCAGUUCAGUCAGAACUACGACACAUAUCCAGUAGAGUUCGAGACGGAAGCUGGCAAUCAUAACAAGAUGUAUCAGUUCUACCUCGAUCCACCUAUCAAGGCUAGAUAUGUGCUUUUGGGUAAGUAUUGUACUAAUUGAGGGUAGAUAUGUGCUGUUGAGUAGGUAUAACGAAGACUAGAUAUGUGCUUUGCAAGUCAAAUCUUUCGUUGUGGGACCUAAGCUGGGUUCCCGAGGCCUUCUCUCUGGAUCUUGGGCCCACGUGCCCCGGGCCGGCCUCUUUAAAAUUUGCUUUGGCUUGGUCUAUUAAGCAUUUUUCUAGUCUAGCCUAAACCUUAAUUUUACAAAAAAUCUCCUUUUCAGGCGUAACCGAGUACGAAGAAAACCCAUGCCUCAAGUUCGACAUGCACGGCUGCCUAGCCCCCCUAACCACCGCCCACGAAACCCCAUCCCACCUCCAAGUCGGCUGGAACGCCAGUGUCCCACAAUGUAUCGAUUCCGAGCCUCCACAGUUCAUGAACUGCCCAGCCAAUCCAGUUUUCGCUCAAACUGACGAAUUCGGCCAGAUCCUACCAAUCAAAUACAACAUACCCGAUGUCCAUGACAAUUCCGGAGUCGUUGCCUACGUCAAAGUGGAGCCAAAAGACUUCCAACCACCCUACCACAUCCACGCCCCACUCGAUGUGAAGUACACCGCCUACGACGAAGCCGGAAACUCGGCCGAAUGCAUCGUACAACUUCGAGUACCUGAUACUCAACCUCCAGCUAUGAAAUGCCCAGACUCGUACUCAGUCUUCGCCACAGCCAAUGAAACCACAAAGCAUCUGGUGUUCAACGAAAGCACAAUACAUGUGGUCAUGCAUGAUCUGUCAAACAUCACCGAGUUCACGUUAAGCCCACCAGAAGCCGAUGUUCAUCUCUUCUCGGCCAUUGAUUUAGAAGCCACGGCUACGGAUAGCCAUAACAAUCGAGCCAACUGCAAAUUCCAAGUGGCAUUGAUGCGUAAGUGAAGCAAAGACAAUGUAGUUUAAUAUUAAGUAUGGUAAAGGAUUUUGGUUUGAAAGGGAUCUGAGCCAUUUUUUAUAUUACACUAGAGGUCAAGGUCAUGGUUAAUAUAAUGAAACAGAAGAUAAAAAUAUUUUUUUUGAUUUUUUUUAUAAUCCUUAAACAAAGAUGGCCCGUCACGUAUUUUACAACUAAAAAUGUUAAAAAUGGCACCAAAUUAGAUUUUUAUAUUACACUAGACAUCAAGGUCAUGGUGAAUAUAAAUUUGAUCAUAAAGCUUGCAAUUUUUAUUUUUAGUCCUUGAAAUGACGUUUCUAAACAGAAAAAAGAUAUUUUUGUGAAUUAUAACACGCCAAAUGUCAUAAAAUGUCGAAACCAAGACGUUAUGGAUCAUUUUUAUGUUACACUAGACAUCAAGGUCAUGGUGAAUAUAAAUUUGAUCCUAAAACCUGAACUUUUAGACUGAAUUUAUGAAAAAUGACAUUUUUGAAUGUACAAAAGAUUGAUUUUCGAAUUACGACAUAAGAAAUGUCAUUAAGAAUAAAAAUUGGAGUUUAGGGAUUAUUUUUAUAUUAUCAUAGACAUCAAGGUGAUGAGUAAUAUAAAUUGUUAUAAAAAUAAAAUUACCAAGGCUAGUGUUAUAAAAUGUACCUAACUUGAUAAAAUAUACCUAAUUCUAUACAAUGUGAUACUAAGUUUGCAAAUUUGCAGCUGAACCAUGCACAGAAGCCUCGCUACGAACCGACCUCAACUCGGUGAAGAAGUGCGAAACCGAGAACAACCAAACCUCAUGUGUCAUAAAGUGUCGUCAAGGCUACAGAUUCGUCAACUCAUCAAUCGAAGAGCUCACAUACUCAUGCUCAUCAUCUUCCGAAUGGUCCCCCAAGUCCCAUCCACCAGCUUGUGUACCAAAAUCCGAAGAACCAGCACGAUACGAGUUCAAAGUCUCGGUCGACUACAGUAGCAGCAUCCCAGCCCGCCAAGAAUGCAUGAAGCCGUACGCUGACGCCGUAGCCAAUGCCUUCGAAUCCCUGGACGGAUCGUUGACCCAAAAGUGCUCUAGUUCAGUCCAAGUCUUUGUACGCUACAUGAACUCCAACUUCAUGGUAGAUGCGGCCAAUAACAAGAUCGUGAAGGCCAACUUCACCGUUCAGAUUUUGCCUACCGUGCAACAAGAAGUCUUCUACGAACUUUGUGGUCUAACAUUGUCAACUAUAUUCGAUUUGAGAAUACCUGGUGCUACAAUACCCGUGAAGACCUUGCUACAGCUACCGAAUGGUGGACUAAAUGCACCACAUUGCAUGCCAAUGACUGCCAUUUCAACCAAAAUCAGCCAAGGCUUUGCCUGCACGAAGGGAGAGAUUCUGAAUAAGGAGGGAACGGACCUUCCGGAGUGUGGUAAGUUAAAAAAGUCAUGUCACGUCUUGAAAAAUCUAAAAUAAGGUUUAUAAGACAAAAAAUGAGUGUUUCUUUUGUAAAAAUGAUGAUAAAACGAAAUGUCACUAUUGAUUUUUAACUGAAAUGAUUUUUAAACUGAAUCAGAACUGUUUUUAGGAAUUUAAAAAGUUAGAAAGACACUUUUUACGCUGUUUUGUUACCUUUUUUAAAAUUGGACGAAGUGUCAAAAUUGAUUUUUUGAAAUGUAACGAAGUGUCAAAAUCAAUUUUCUUAUAUAAAAUUUUUUAAAAAUGAAAAUUUAUGACACUUUAUUAUUUUAAAUCGUAAUUUUUUAUUUUUGUCAUUUUUGACGAAAUGCCACUAUUGAUUUUUGAAAUCUGACAAAAUGUCAAAAUUGAUUUUUUUAUAAAUUUCAAUUUUCAGUACCAUGUGCCAAAGGUUCAGUCUUCGCCGGCUCCACCUGUGUUCUCUGCCCAGCUGGCAGCUAUCAAGACAAGGAUGGUCAACAAGAAUGCAAAAAGUGCCCCGAGGGCACUUUCACAGCCACCACUGGUACCACCAGUCGCUCUGGUUGUCUGGCUGUCUGUGGAAAUGGAAUGGUCUCUGAAUCCGGCUUGAUACCGUGCCAGCUUUGUCCUAGACACACAUUCGCUGGACCUCCUCUGCCUGGAGGCUACAAAACUUGCGACGCCUGUCCAGAAGGUACGUACACUGCCAAUCUUGGUGCCACUGGUCCUAGCUAUUGUAAACAACCAUGCAAGCCAGGCUACUUCUCCGAAUCUGGUCUGGAGCCAUGUUCACCAUGCCCGUUGAACUUCUAUCAGCCAAGUCUAGGCCAACAACGUUGUCUUGAGUGCUUGAAUAAUACCGUAACCCACGAGACCGGUCGAGCUCUGGAAGCCGACUGUAAGCCUUUGGAAUGCACUGGUGUCAAGUGUCAGAACAAGGGAGUUUGUGCCAUUGCCAAUCAUAAAACGACGUGUGAAUGCCGACCCGGAUUCACUGGAGAGUUUUGCGAAGAAAGUGUACCAAUUUGUGAUACGAACCCGUGUUUGAAUGGUGCUGCGUGCGAGAAUGUGGCCGGAACGUUUAGAUGCAUCUGUCCACAGAGUAAGGUUUUGAUAUUUUUUAAAAAGUUAUUUUAGGCUUAAAGACUUUUCGUUAAGCCUAGAAGGUGUUAGGCCUAAAACUUUGAUUUUAAAAUUAAAAUGUUAGUGUUAAGCCGGUUUGAUUUUAAGCCUAAACAUUUGCUUUCAAGCCAAAAACGUUGAUGUUAAGCCUGAAGAAUGAUUUUAAGCCUAAAACAUAAAUUUUAAGCCUAAAAAUUUGAUUUUAAGCAAAAAAUGCUGUUGUUAAGCCUAAAGAUUUAUUUUAACCUUAAAAUUUUAUUGUUAAGCUUAAAGAUUAUUUUGAAGCUUAAAAGGUUGAUUUUAAGCCUAAAUAUUGGUUUUAAGCCUAAACAUUGAUUUUAAGCGUAAAAUACUUAAUUUACAAUAUUCAUUCCUAAAAAAUUAAUUUUGAUUUCUAAUUUUUUACCCUAACCUGCCAUUUUCCAUAAAAUAACCCUUACUUCCAGACUUUACCGGCGCCCGUUGUCAAUUCGGUCCAGACGAGUGUAUCGGUGUGAACUGUCCGAACGGUGGUGUUUGUCAAGACCUACCAGGUGUUGGUACCCACAAAUGCGUUUGUCGAACCGGUUUCAUUGGCCAUGAUUGCUCGGAAAUUGCUGAUCUAUGCCAAUCGGAUAAUCCAUGCAAAAAUGGUGCUGAUUGUGUACCAUUACAAUUGGGAAGAUACAAGUGUAAAUGCUUACCUGGAUGGGAGGGUCCCACUUGUGAGAAGAAUAUUGGUAGGUUUUGA